AUGUUGUAUUCUAGAUUCCACGUCGUCAAGUCUACCGACGUUCAAACCUCCUCCGGCGGCCAAACGGAUGGCAUGACACGCAAACCCGCCAUUACAGGCCUCGCCUCAAUUUGCAGCUCUAUCAUGCUAGCCGAGCCCCAUUCAGCCUCUGCAGUCCACCAUCACGGCGCCCAGGAUACAAUCGUUUACGCGGUGCGUGGACAGGGUGCUGUCGUCAGUGAAGGAGGCAAGAAACGACAAGUCCUGAAGCAGGGAGACUUCGCCCUGAUACCUGCGUAUCAGGAGCAUCAGGAGGUCAACGAUGGGGAUGAGGAAGUCGAGUGGGUCAUUGUGAGAAGUGGAGCUGAACCUGACGUUGUGAAUUUGGAGGGUUGGGGGAAGAGUUGA